GCAACCCCGGGACUUGGGCAAUCUGUUUAGCUCGGUCCCGCAUACAGUACCGAACAACAUUUCUUAAGAAAAAUCUUGAGACAAUAACAAUUGUAGGGCUGUAUAAAGAGACGCCUAAGGUUACCAGGUUUGACGGGUUGGGCUGCCCUACCCCCAGCACACCCCACCAUGCCUCUGGUGACGAGGAAUAUAGAGCCGCGGCAUAUUUGUCGCCAUCCCAUUCCUUCUAGCAUCCGCAGUGAGCUGGAAUGUGUCACCAACAUAAGCCUGGCCAACAUCAUCCGCCAGCUCGGCAGCCUCAGCAAAUAUGCAGAGGACGUGUUUGGGGAGCUGUUUGUUCAGGCUGGAGAAUUUGCCGGCAGGGUGAGCUCGCUUGGAGAAAGAGUGGAUCGCCUGCAGGUUAAAGUCACCCAGCUGGACCCCAAAGAAGAGGAGGUUUCUUUGCAUGGAAUCACUGCAAAGAAGGCUUUCAAAAGCAGUCUGACCCAGGACCAGCAGCUCUUCACCAGGCCAUCUCUGCCAAUGCCUGUACAAGACACUUACACGACCUGCGAUCCUCCUCCACCGCUCAACCAGCUCAGCGUAUACCGAGACGACGGGAAGGAGGCCCUAAAGUUUUACACCGAUUCCUCCUACUUCUUUGACCUGUGGAAGGAGAAGAUGCUGCAGGACACCAAGGACAUCAUGAAGGAGAAACGCAAGCACAGAAAGGAAAAGAAAGACCAUCUGAACCAACGGACCCUCAAUCCUCGAAAGAUCAAGACCAGAAAGGAUGAAUGGGAACGGCGUAAGAUGGGAGAGGAGUUUGUUGUACCAAAGUCUGACUUGAUGAAUUCUUCUGAGGGCCUGAAUGGCAGUAUUGGAUCUGGGGAGGGCUUCAACUCUGAAAGCCUUGAGCUUAGCACAAACUCCUAUGCUUAUGAUCCUGGCUCGCCUCCUCCUCCCCCCGGUCCCGAUGAAUUGCCUCCUCCGCCUCCGGACAUGGCGUAUGGUAACGAUGGAGCACCCACCCAGAAGCGUGUCAGCAUGUUGAGUCCAAGCCACCCUCCCCCAGCUCCCCCCAAUGCUUCUUCCCCGAACAACUCCCGCCCAAGUCUCUCUCCUCCCCCUGCACCUCCUCCCCCUCCUCCACCUUCUGGUUUUGGGAUUCCCCCACCUCCCUCUGGCUUUGACACCCCACCUUCUCCCCCUCCGUUCUUCUCCUCUUCCGCUCCACCUGCUCCCCCUCCUCCCCCAUCUAUGUCCGCCAUCCCUCCUCCACCACCUAUGCCUGCAGGCGGGGGUCCACCGCCACCACCUCCUCCACCGCCUCCCCCCGGUCCUCCUCCACCACCUUUCGAAAGUUCUGCUCCUCGUCUGCCACCUUCUGGCGGGGUAACAGCCUGUUCUGCUCCCAAACCUCAGCCAGAGCCCGUCAGUGACGCUCGCAGCGACCUGCUGCAGGCCAUCCGACAAGGUUUCAACCUGCGGAAGGUGGAGGAACAGCGGGAGCAGGAGAAGAGGGAUCACUUCGGCAACGAUGUGGCCGCCAUCCUGUCGCGCCGUAUCGCCGUGGAGUGCAGCGACAGCGAGGACGACUCCUCCGAGUUCGGAGAGGACGAUGACUGGUCCGAUUGAUCGCCAUCCUUUUUCCUCUCACUACCGUGUGCGUGUUUGUGUCUGUCUGUGUGUGUGUGUGUGUGGUUGUUUGUUUGUUUUCUUCCUCAGUCUUAGAAAACACCUGUGCAUUCCCAUUCAGAUUCCAGCCUUUAAGUACAAACAGCACAGAGGUCUGUGUAUUUUUUGUGUGAAAGCUGGUCACUUUGAGAGGACGUGUGCAUGUUGUAUUUGCUUGUGACCAAUUUCAAAUCACAUUCCUCGAUCCGGUCACGUAUAUAUUCAAAAUAAUUUAUGUCAGAGUUAUAAAUGGAGCGAGCGUGUCUGGUUUUGUCCUAGUUUGCCAUUAAUUCUCAUUGGAUGACACACGGCUGUUAUUGAUGCAAGAGCGCUAUGUGAUGUGAGGCACGUCUCUCCUGAGCGCGUGCCUAAAUGCAUCACCUCCGCCUCUCUCUGCGUGUCUGUUACAGUCAGGUAUCUUUUGCUGAGGGCUUAAAGCCUGGUUUUUAGUGGCUGUGGUGCAUUAUGGCAACAGAUAAUAGAGUAAAAUCGAACACAAGCACACACACACAUGCAACAGCUUCAGUUCACAGUAGUUAUAUGUAUCGAUGGAAAGACAAGCUUCUUCAUAGAUUAUGUGAUACGGAUGUAAAGUUUAUAUCUAUGGAUUAUUAAUUCAAUCACUUUAAAUCCCAAAGCACAGUUUUUAUUACAUUUUGUAUUUUGUCUUCUCACUUUUUCUUUGUUUUUUUUAAGUGGUUUCAUGAGAACCUUUGUCUUGUGGUUGUAGCUCAUAAACAAACUCGGUAAUUAAUUAUUCAGUGAGAUAAGGAGAGAGGUAUUGGCUGAUGUCAGACACCAGGAGUGUUGGAUAAGUUUGCCAUACUUAACAUAUGCAGAAAUUAACAUUAAUAACUUGAUUUUUAUUUUUAAUGUUAUUUUUUUAGCUAAUGUAUUUUACUUUUCUUAUGUUUUUCUUCCUGCAAUUGUAUUCUGAGAUUUUCUGGGGAUCAACUAGAAUCUGUUGCUUUAAUCACAGUGCCUUUUUUAUACUGAAUUUCAGUGUCUGUGCCUUAAUUUGGUUAGCAAUACAGGUUCCUGUCAGCUUUCUCCAAAACUAUGAUGAUGAGUCCAAUGAACUGACUGUUUAAUGUGGACCACUUUUUUUUUUUUAAAGUGCCUUUUCUUUUAAGUCUGUCUGUGUUAACGCACCAUGACACGGCAUGCUUAGCCAAAGAUCUGCUUCUCCUGCCUUAAAUUUCCAAAUGAUUAGUUCGUUCAAUAAAGAGAGUGAAUUUCA